UGAGUUAUUAGGGACUGCAGGGUGGAGUGUGUCAGCCAGUCUGGAAGAUUGCCUCAGUAUUCCUUGUCCCAUGUUCAUGAUCCUAGGUAGUCCACUGGACAUUGUCACCAACUGGACAUUGUGGAAAUGAUGGUGUGUAACUUCUGAAGAUAUGUCAUAAAAGACACUUCCUCUCUCUUGAGUCAUUGGCUCCUAGAAAGCCAGCCACAGUGUUAUGAGGAGCCUUAAGAAGCCCUACAGGGAAGGUCUGUGUGGUGAAGUACUGAGGGCUGCUGGUAGCCAGCACCAACUUGCCAGCCUUAUGAGUCAGCCAUCUUGGACUCAUCCUUAUGAAGCCAACUUCAACCUCGGCACUAUGAUCUGGUCCAGCCCAGUCCAGCAGUCUAGUAUCGUGCGUCUGGCAACCCUCCCUCAGCUGCAUCUUGCAUUCACUGCGGAUUUGGAGGGAACUGUCAAAGUGUGGAAUUGUCAAGAUGAGGAUGCCCUGGCUACUCUCACCAUGCCUCGGGCCUGUUUUUCCUUGGAAAGCUGUCUCACAAAUGAUGGCCCAUUCCUGAUGGUAGGCAACUCUGAAGGUGACAUCUACACACUGACAGUGCCUGAGCUAAGGGGUGUCUCUAAAGUCAGUGCAUUUAAAUAUAGUGUUGACCUCCUACACUGCUCUCCCGACAAGAAAUGGAUCUUUGCAUCUGGGACACAUCAGAAUAUCUUGCCAGUGGUGUUUCUCACAGAGAGCUUACUGAAACCGUCAGAAGGCAAAAGCCCUCUGUCGCUCUCCAUCCCAUUUCCAUCCUGCUGCAGAGCCUGCUGGGCCCCAAGGAGGACAGGCAGGAUAACAGUGAUGUACCGAAGAGGCUCUUUCAAAAAGACAGGAUUUACCACCUUUGAGCUAAUGGCUGAGAGGACGGGGGACAGAACAGACAUCCAAGUAUGCGGACUGAAGGAUCCCCAGCUUGCCUGCACGUGUAUGUUUUGCAUGAAAACAGCCCAUCAGAUUGCAACUUUCCUGUUGCCGCUUCAUAUGGAGAGUCCUAUUUGGAUGGGAGUCGGAGACGGAAAUAUGAUUGUCUUUGAGAGUGGGCCGUCCCUAUUCCUCUUCACCAUCAGUGGCCACCUGCUGCAACGAUUUGAGGACCACCAGAGGACCAUCGGCAACUUAUGGGUGGAUUCUGUGCACGUCCUCACCACAUCCAUGGAUGAUUCUCUGCACCUGUACAUGUGGGAAGAGGAAGGCCAUUAUCCAUACCUCAGGAGCUGCUGUCACCUGGAGCACCUAGGGAGCGACCCAGCACCGAGCUGCUACGUCUCCAAAGCAGUAUGUGAUGAUAUGAGCAUAGUAUGUGUGGUGUCCAGAAUUCGUGAAUCCAGCAUUCUGGUGAUGUAUUCUUUGCAUAUGUAAUGUGGAAACUGAUGGAAUUAACCUUGCAUCAUCUCCCUGAAUAUAGUAAAGAGAAUUCUGUUUGCAAACCCAGAAUGAUUGUUUUAGUGAUAUUAGGAAAGAAGCAAUGAUUUAACUACCUAUAGUAAAUCAGACACUGUAACAGACAGUACAGAUCCGGCACUAUACAGACAGAAGGCAGAGCAACAUAUCCUUUGU